AUGCUGUUGAAAAUUGUUCAGGUGUCUCUCCGUAAAUGUUUGUGCUUUCUCCUAAUUGUUUAUGGAAUUGCUGCGUUUAACCUGGAUUUGGAGAAAACAACUAUAUACAACGGACCCGAGGGAAGUUAUUUUGGAUACUCAAUAGAUUUCUAUCGCCCAACACAAGACAGAAACACUAUGUCCGUCUUGAUUGGGGCUCCCAAGGCGAACACCUCCCAGCCGGGAAUAGUGGAGGGCGGCGCGGUGUACUACUGCCCCUGGCCGGCCCCCGACUCUGACUCCUGCCGCCAGAUCCCCUUUGAUAAAGCCAAUAACAGGAUGAUUAAAGUGAAUGGAACGCGGGAGCCAUUGGAGUUUAAGUCUCAUCAAUGGUUUGGGGCCACAGUCAGAUCCCACAAAGGCAAAGUGGUGGCCUGUGCUCCUCUGUAUCACUGGAGAACGGUGAAGGUGAACAGUGAAAUGGAUCCGGUCGGAACCUGUUACGUCGCUGUGCAGAACUUCAGUGCUUAUGCGGAGUACUCACCCUGCAGAACCAACAAUCCGGACCCUGAAGGCCAAGGUUUUUGUCAGGCUGGUUUCAGUGUGGACUUCACCAAGGAGGGGACUCUAGUGGUGGGAGGUCCUGGAAGUUUCUACUGGCAAGGUCAGGUGAUGACUGCAGGAGUGGCUGAAAUACUAAAUGGUUAUUCUCUGAAGACCAUCCUCAGAAAAGUUCAAGGAGAGAAACAAACGGCAGCUGCAGCAGACACUUAUGAUGACAGCUAUCUGGGCUACUCUGUGACGGUAGGAGAGUUCACUGGAGACUCUGAACAAGAGCUUGUAGCAGGCGUCCCUCGAGGAGCACAGAACUUUGGAUAUGUCGCUGUGAUCGAGGCUUCCAACUUGACCUUCAUUCAGAACUUCACAGGAGAGCAGAUGGCGUCUUAUUUUGGCUACACGGUAGCAGUGACAGAUGUCAACAGUGACGGGUUGGACGAUGUGCUUGUGGGAGCCCCUCUCUUCAUGGACAGGGAGUUUGAGAGUAAACCCCGUGAGGUGGGCCGGGUGUAUCUCUACCUGCAGGAGGACACCUUCCUUUUCUCCAAAGCCGUCACCCUCACCGGCAUACACCUGUUCGGACGCUACGGCAGCUCCAUCGCCCCUCUGGGAGACCUCAACCAGGACGGCUAUCAAGAUGUGGCGAUCGGGGCUCCGUUUGCGGGGGAGGAGCGAGGAGGGAGAGUCUUUAUCUAUAACGGGCAGAGGGACGGGCUGAGGCUGGAGGCCUCUCAGGUCCUCAGUGGAUCCUGGGCGUCGUCUGCAGUCCCGCCCGGUUUUGGCUUCACCUUACGCGGAGACUCAGACCUGGACAACAACCAGUACCCCGAUUUGAUUGUUGGGGCUUUUGGAGUUGGCAAAGUUGUUGCAUAUAGGGCGAGACCGGUGGUUACCGUGGAUACUCAGUUGAUCCUAACACCCACAAUCUUCAACCCAGAGGACAAGUCCUGUCAAAUGCUCGACUCUGAAACCAUGGUAACCUGUCUACGUGUGGACGUCUGUGCUAAGGUGUCCGGCAUUGGAAUCCCUGACUAUGUUGCUCUGCAGAUGGAUCUUCAGCUGGACUGGCUUAAACAGAGAGGGGCAGUAAAGAGAAUUCUGUUCCUGGACUCCCUCCAGCACCACCGGAACCAGCUCCUGGUUCUGGGCACCCGGGACCGCCAGAAAUGCCAGAGUUUCACCGUCUACCUUCGGAAUGAGGAUGAGUUUCGGGAUAAGUUAAGUCCCAUCAGUGUGGCUCUGAACUACAGUUUAGAUCAGACAGCCCCGCCCCCAGGACUGGAGCUCCGCCCCAUUUUGGACCACUACAGCAAGACCUUCCACCAUGAACAGGCCUACAUUCUGUUAGACUGUGGGGAGGACAACAUGUGUAUCCCAGACCUGAAACUCUCAGCUCAAAUGGAUCGAACAGAGCUUGUGAUUGGAGAUGACAACCUUUUAAUGUUGACCAUCAAUGCAGCCAAUCACGGAGAAGGAGCCUAUGAGGCGGAGCUUCACGUCCUCCUCCCACCUGAAGCAGAUUACAUUGGAGUGGAGCGCAGGCGUGAGGACCUGCAGAAGCUGAAUUGUGAGCACAGAACAGAGAAUGAGACCAGGACAGUGGUGUGUGACCUGGGGAACCCAAUGAUGGCAGCAACCAACUUGUCAGUUGGUCUGCGGUUUUCUGUGCAGAGGCUGGAAGACGCUGAUCCUCACAUUAGCUUUGACUUACAGAUACACAGCUCCAAUAAAGAUAACUCCAAGAGUAAUCCUGUGACUUUGACUCUGAACAUCGCAGCGAAGGCACAGGUCGAUAUUCGUGGUGUGUCCCAUCCAGCUCAAGUUGUUCUGCCAUUUCCUCGCUGGGAGCCAAAGGAGAAACCAGUCAGAGAAGACGACGUUGGUCCCCAGGUCCAACACAUUUAUGAGCUCCAUAAUAACGGGCCAAGUUCUGUGAGCAGCACUGUAUUGGAGGUGGGUUGGCCCAGUCGGUUCCAUGAUGAGAAUCUGCUCUAUGCUCUGGAGGUCCUGACAGACGGCCCGGUUCACUGCCACGUCAACGGCUCCCUCAACCCUCUGGACCUGGAGAUAUCUACUCUACAGGACACUCCAGAGUUGCUGGGUUUUCUGCGGAACACUAGUGGUCCGACUCGCCACAGAAGAUCUGUGAUUACACGUCAGGGUUACAGCAGCAAAACACUGAAUUGCACUAAUAUAAACUGCCUGAUGCUGGAGUGCAUUGUGGGUCGUUUGGAUCGAGGACAAAGUGCAGUCGUUAAAAUUCGCUCGCGUCUGUGGGCACACACCUUUCUUCAGAGGCGGAACGAUCACUACGUUCUGAACUCCACCGUGGCCUUCGUGGUGACGGCUAUGCCUUACCGAAUCAAACCGCACUCUCUCCCACAGCAAACCAAAUCAAUUGGUACAUUUGUGGUGUGGGCGAUUCCGGAUGUUUCUUUUGCCAUUCCUCUGUGGGUGAUCGUUCUGGCCAUACUGCUGGGGCUACUGGUCCUAGCCAUGCUCACGCUAGCAAUGUGGAAGUGCGGUUUCUUCGACCGAGCGCGUCCGCCGAAAGACGAUGACGUGUCGGACCGGGAGCAGCUGACGGGAGGAGAAAAAUCCACAGAGGCGUGA